ACAGUACAGAUGCCUUGUUGUCCUCUGUAGGACCCCACAUAUCCAACAUGGCGGCGACUAUACGGGUGUGCUGUGCCCUCCGCAUCACAGUUGGAGGCGUUGCACCACUCCGCACCGUUGUGGGAGCAGCUCAGGUAUCCCAGUUUGCAAGUCGAGCCUCAGCUGCCUCUCUCCAAAGAAACCCAGCACUUCCACCGUUGCCUGCAACAGCAUGGCAGCAAGCCAGGCAUGGCAGCUUCUUCAACAAGUUGACGGCUGAGGAGCUGUGGAAAGGUGUGUUGGCAGAGACGGGUGCUGGAGCCAGGAAGGGCAGAGGGAAGAGAACCAAGCGCAAAAUGAAGAAAGACCUGAACCGAGGACAGAGCCUUGGGGAAGGUAAAGGCGGUUUUCUGUGGCCUGGUCUGAACGCUCCGAUGAUAAGGGAUGGCGCUCCUCAAACCAUGAGUCAAAGAGGCAAGGAGGAGCAGGAGGAGGUGCAAGCUGAACGAGUGCGUCAGAGGGAUGAGUGGGAUAGGAAGAGGAAGAUGAGGGUGAAGCGGGAGAGAGGAUGGACGGGCAACUCCUGGGGGGGCACCAGCCUGGGCUCCCCUGACCCUGGACCUAACGGAGAAACUUAUGAGGACUUUGAUUCACGCAUCAUUGAGGUGAAGAGUGUGUUCAACAUGACAGCGAAAGAGGGCAGGAAGAGGUCCAUCAGCUGUCUGGUCGCUGUGGGAAAUGGCAAAGGAGCAGCAGGGUUUGCGUUGGGUAAAGCAACAGACAGACACACAGCUCUGCGAAAGGCCAAGAACAGAGCCAUCCACUACUUGUACUAUAUAGAUCGAUACAAUAACCACACCAUUUAUCAUGACAUCGAAUCCAAGUUCAAGAGGACGACGCUGCGCAUGAAGAAACAAAACGAAGGUUAUGGUCUGCACUGCCACCGGGCAAUCAUCACUCUGUGCAGGCUGAUCGGCAUAAAGGACAUGUACUGCAAAGUAGAGGGAUCUGUCAAUUACCUCAACAUCACCAGGGCCCUCUUCACUGGGUUAGCCAAUCAGGAAACCCACCAGACUCUGGCCAACAAGAAGAAGCUCCAUGUUGUCGAGUUUCAGGAGCAUCGCGGCCCGCUGCCCGUGGUGGUGGCGAGUCCUACAGAAAGGGCGCGACCCAACCCAGAGCCUGAGGACGAGAUCCCCAAUACCCGGCUGCACUGGGACGACGUGCGAGCCGUGCAGGGAACCAAACGCUCGAUGUGGGCAGGUGUAAAACGCACCAUCUGGUAGGGCAGGAGUGGACUGAUGACUGGUCAGACCACAGGACGGAUGAUUGGGCUGAUAAAGGCAGGAGGUGUCUGAUAGAGGGUCUGACUUUGGCUUUGCUAAAGCUGAAAUCAUGUGUUGUUCUUUUCAACCAGGGACUAAAGUUAAAUGUUUCCCAAACUGAAGACAUCUCAUUUGGUAACAUAAUUCUACAGAUACACCUGACAAAGGCCAAUAUUCACACUCAGCAUAAUAUUGAUGCCCUAGAUAUCAAUGUUUCCAUCAGAACUGUAAAAAGAAAUGUGGAAUUGUUCCAAAAUGUUGUAUGAAUAAAGUAUAUAAAUCA